AUGUUUUUGCCUACUUGCAGUAACUACAUUGCCCUCAUCCGUGUUCUUCUCUUGGUCUCUUCAGCAAUGCGACUUAUCAAGGUGCCAGACAUACUGUCCGCACUUUUGAUUCACCACACUGCUGUUCUGGCAUUUGUUCACACUCCGGCGUUUUCUGGUGCGGAAUGUUCGUGUAUCAGGGCUUUAUGUUGGCCAUUUUCACUCCCUGCUACCGCUACUGCUGCCACCAUGUCCUCCGCACGUCGUGUUGAUGGUUCGCUGAAAGAUGCUAGCGAGAUUGAUUGGUACAAUGAUGCCGAUGAUGACACUCCGAUGCUUCCUCCCCCUCCCCCUCCUGCGCACAAUGGCACUCUCAGCUCUUUCAUACGUCAUUCGGGUCGUGCUGUCAAGCCUACAGAGAAGGGAUCCGCAGUUGCGUCCGAGCGUGCAUUUUCAAGCGGUGGCAUUACUGGGACCGCACGUCGCAGCUGUUUGCAGCCAGCAACAUUCGAGGCUCUCCAGUUGCUCAAGAGCGCAUACCGUCAAGGCCACAUUUCUGCAACAUCCCAGGCUGAGUUUGCUGCUCCUUACGACAACGCAGUUAUCGUCAAGAAAGAGUUUUAG